AUCGGAGAAUUUUUCUGAUUGGCAAUUAUAGCUUCUGAUCCCUUGCAAAUUGCCAUGGCUCUUAAAUUUUCUGCCAUGGCCUUCAUUUUCUCAUUCCUGCCUACUGUUAUUAUCCCUUUGAAAUUCAGCUAUCCUGCCGUUUUCAAUUUCGGUGAUUCAAAUUCAGACACCGGUGGUCUAGUUGCAGGUCUUGCCUUUCCCGUUGGGCCUCCCAAUGGACAAACCUACUUCCAGCAGCCACAUGGGCGGUUCUGUGAUGGCCGCUUGAUCAUCGACUUUUUAAUGGAUGCCAUGGACCGACAGUUUCUGAAUCCAUAUUUGGAUUCUGUGGGAGCUCCUAACUUUCAGAAGGGGUGUAACUUUGCAACAGGAGGAUCUACUAUACUUCCUGCAAAUGCUGCUUCGACAUGUCCCUUUUCAUUUGGAGUUCAGGUGGCUCAGUUUGUCCGGUUCAAGGACAGAGUUCUUCAAUUGCUGGCCGAGGACAAGGAAUUUCAGAAGUACCUCCCUCUAGAAGAUUAUUUCAUGCAAGGCCUUUACAUGUUCGACACGGGUCAGAAUGAUAUCGACGGCGCGUUUUAUUCGAAAUCAGAGGACCAAGUGAUAGCCUCUUUUCCAACCAUUUUAUCAGAGUUUGAAGCUGGAAUUAAGAGACUAUAUACCGCCGGCGCUCGGAAUUUCUGGGUUCAUAAUACAGGACCUCUUGGCUGCUUACCUAGAAUCAUUGCAACAUUUGGGAAAAACCCAUCAAAGCUUGACCAGCCUGUAUGUGUUGAUUCACAUAACCGUGCAGCUAAUGUUUUCAACUCACAACUGCUUGAUCUUUGCACAAAGUUUCAGGGGCAAUUCCCAGACGCUAAUGUCACUUAUGUGGACAUUUUCUCAAUAAAAAUGAAACUCAUUGCAGAUUUUUCACAAUAUGGAUUCAAACAUUCGCUAGCAGCUUGCUGUGGAUAUGGCGGGCCGCCAUUGAAUUUUGACAACAGAAUUGCUUGCGGUCAAACCAAGGUUCUUAAUGGCAGCAAAGUGACCGGGAGCCCUUGCAACGACACAGCUGAAUAUGUUAAUUGGGAUGGAAAUCAUUAUACAGAAGCUGCAAAUCGAUAUGUUUCGGAGCAAAUAUUGGCAGGAAAUUACUCCAACCAAUUGCCUCUCUCAAUAAAUACUCCUGCUCUUACAACAUCCAUGUUCGUCGACUCCAAACUAUUAUAUUAAAGGAUAAUUGCAAAAAAACUCCACUAGUUUUUUGAAGAAGACGUUAGUAACUGUAAUCUCUGAAUGAUCUUCAUACCCAAGACGACUCCUCCUGUCACAGCAUCAAUUCUGAAGAGAAGAAGAGAAGUUAGCUAAACAAAUGACCGUUGCCAUGAAGACCGUUACAAAACGCAUCGUUUGGAGUGGUAAGGUGCAGCGUUUUGGUUAGUUAAUGAUGCGCAGCGUUUUGUUUAAAGGAAACAAACUCGCUGGCUUGGAACGACAGCGUUUGUUUCGGCAAUGUUAAGCCAAUACACACCGUUUUUAUCUCUUUUCAUUGUUAAGUCAUGAAUGUUUUUGUUCUAUUGCUAAGGCUGGAAAAUCUAGAAGAAAGUCUGCUAUAUAUAUUGUAACAAGCUCCUUGUCAGGAGGUUAUGAAAACAAAAAUGAUGAAAUGAACGUGCCUUGUGAUUCAUGAUCA